UAAUUGUCCAUCUUUUUCUUUCGAUUGUUUCGAUUUUAAAUUAUAAUUACUUUAAACUGAGUUGGUAAUGUAAACUUUUUGACUAUGGCAGAAGUCAUUGGGCCUUUGUAAUUGUCAUAAUAUGAUGUCAAUGCACUGGGAGCAGGCGUCCGACUUUUCUUUGGUAAGUGCCUGAAAUUGGACAAUUUGGAAGCGAUUACUUGACCAUUUGACGCAAUUUCGCUCGUUGUCUUGAGCUGCAACGAACUCAUUACUAGUGACAAACUCACAUUAUCCAUUUCCAUCCAGUUUGUUCAACUCCAGGCGAUUCGGGUUCGGGUUGUUACAUUAACAUUGUUAUGUAUACGAGGCGUAACUCACACACGAGAGUGUGUGUGUUUAUGCGAUUGUUGUUGGCUCGUUAUAUAUUUAUUUGUUGGCGCUGUGGAAACUCGUUUGAAACUCGGUUUCCCAGAUAACUGUGCCUGGAGUGCUGUGACGAAGACUUCCGAGUGCUUCCGUUUGCAGUCUGGGAAAAAUGAUUGCAGUGUCUUGUGGACUAUAAAUGAAUUCGAUGUGCCUCAAGCCGCCUUACUCAAUGUGCAAACUCUGUGACGGCUGCUGCUCUGUCAACGCAUAUGGACUAAUAGUUGGAAGAUUUACAAAUCUCAUCAUGUUGAAUGGGUCACUCAUGCUGCUGCUUUGCGCCUUUUGCGCCACUGUUGCUGCCACGCCCACGCGGAGUGCAGAGGAUGUUCAACUGUUGCAUCCACACAUAUUAAGCAUUGAACGCCUGGAGCACUUGCUGAGACGUGCAGGGGAAAUCUUUGGUCCUGUUGCUCGGCAGGAUGAGGACUCCCAGUCCUCUGCCAGCGAAUUGGAGCCUCAAAUUGCGAUGCAAUCACAGCCUCAACAGUAUAUGCUGCCUCCCACGGAUCAGCCCUAUAACUUCUAUCUGCCACUCUUUGACUAUGUGGAUCCCAAGCUGGAUGCAAAGAGCAAGCGCAUGGAAAAGAUUGCACCGCCACCUCGGAGAUUGCAGCAGGAGCACAACUAUUACACGGACAAGCCAAAGAAGACGCCGAAGAAGUUCAAUGCGGACGCCAAGCACAUCAAUCUCAAAUGGCUCAACACCUACGAGAAGGCAAUGGGCGGCACUGCACCUAAAGCCGUCUAUUUGGAGCAGGAUGAGCGCAAUCGCAUUAAUUUCGAUGAUUCAUUCUUUGCGGUGGACAUGCACGUCAAGACGCCUGACAAUCAUCCCCAUAAUAAUGCGCCUGUCGAUCUGCUGCAGCAUGGAGAGCAGCUGCCCGAGGAUGAUCUAAUGGCUGCACCUGCUCAGCUUAUAUACAACUACAAGCCAAGCUCAGCCUAGAACGUAGUCCAGGUCAACUGUUAUUUAAUUGUAGUCAGUUUACAAAAAAUUCAAAAUAUAUAUUUAUAAAUGUGGUAGACAAAGAACAAAGUAACACGAAAGGAAGAUAAUUUAUUUAAGCACUUGGUUUGACUCAAGGCUCAAAGU